UCUCUGUACAGUGCCAGCGGUGUCUCUUCACCCAGAGUGUGUGUGUGUUGUGUGUUGUAUAUGUUGUGUGUGUGUUGUAGGCCUGCUGAGGGUUGGCUCUGUGACGGAGUGAUCCUGCAGUGCAAGGAGUCGCCUGUGACGGCGGCGAAGGCUCUGGAGGUCUCGCACCAGCAGCACGGGUUCCUCUCGGUGACCUACACGCAGGCCGUUACUCGGAACGUGCGGCACAAGCUGACGGCGCGGCAAGAGCGAGUGUCCCAGAGGCUGAGCGAGGACGGGACGGACGGGUCGCCGCAGUACCUGCACGAGAUCCUGCUCACGGCGCAACCCUUCGACCUGGUGCUGUCCUGCCCCCUGCUGGUGAGGCUGGCGCAGGUCUUCCACGUGUCCCCCCCUCCGCCGCUGCGUCCCGUCAGAGAGAGCGUCUCCGCCGGACACCCGAUGACGGGACACUCGCUGUCCUCCAGCAGCCUCCCGCUCAUCUACCUCAACACCAGCGUGAUCCGGGUGUUCUGCCCUCUGGAAGACACGACCAGCAGCACACAUUCACAGAUGAAGCACAGGAAGGAAGACACGGUCGUGUUGAAGAUUGGAUCUGUGAGCGUCGCUCCUCAGGCUGAUAAUCCACUGCCGCGCUCCGUACUGCGCAAAGACAUCUACCAGCGGGCGUUGAAUCUGGGCGUGCUGCGUGACCCGGGGUCAGAGGUCGAGGACCGUCAGUAUCAGAUUGACCUCCAGUGCAUCAACAUGGGCACGGCUCACUGGGACGACCUGCGGCCGGAGCGUGAGGGGCCGAAUGCCAGUUCUCCUGCAGACGCUGAGCGCAGCUCCCAGAAUCCUGCGCUGGAGUGGAACAUGGCCAGCAGUAUCCGACGGCAGCAGGAGAAGCGAGUGAUCCUGUCGCCGAUCAUCACAGAUUUCUCUGUGCGAAUCACAGCAGCUCCAGCUGUAAUUUACCGGAAGCCUCUGGAUCAUGGCCCAGCGGAGGAGGUGGUGGUGUGUGGCCACAGUCUGGAGAUGAACAUCACGUCCAGUCUGGAUCUGUUUCUCAGCGCGUCUCAGGUUCAGUUACUGCAGCAGCUCCUGCAGGACAACGUGGGGCAGACGACCUGCGACUCGACCACUGCAGACGUGUGUGGCCGUCCUCCGCAGGCCGCCGCGGUCUCGGGCUCGGUGGAGAGUGUGUGUGGCAUCAGCGCCCCCUGUGGGCAGGACAGUGGCUUCGGCAGCGACAGCGCCCGCCUGCGGAUGGUUCAGAUGGAGCGUCAGAGCGGCGCGGGUCAGUACCGGCUCGCCCGGCCCUCGCAGCAGCCCAGCAUCACCAAGAACCUCCGCUUCGUCCCGUUCGACGUGUUCCUCACCGCCGGCCGCAUCUCUCUGAUGACGUACGCGACGCUGCCCGCGGCAAAUCCCCCCGCGGCAAAUCCUCCCUCGGCUAACGCUCCCGCGGCUAAUCCUCCCGCGGCUAACGCUCCCGCGGCUAACGUGCCGGAGGACGAGACGACCCGCGACUGCAGCCUGUCCUCGCUGACGGCUGACGACCUGCUGAAUGCUAACGCUAGCGCUGCCGGCGGGUGGCCGGGGCUCCUGGGCGUUCCGGCUCCGGGCCGCUCGUCUGCGCGUCAGGCUCUGGGAGUGACGGUGGUGAGACAGCCGGGCCGGAGAGGAGCCCGAGACUCACGCCUGCAGCCGCUGCUGUUCCUGCAGCUCAACCAGCCCUCCGUCCUCAUGCACACACACACUCACACACAGCGGCUGGAGCUCUCGCUGUUCGACCUCGCGCUCAAGGGGGCCGCCAGCGACUACAGGAGUCUUGACGCAGGGAAGUCUCUCCCCGAGGCCUUGGACUACAGUGUGUUCUGGCUGCAGACGGUGGCAGGAGAAGCUGAUGGUCGCACAGGAAUCCCUCCUCCACUCCUGUCUGUGGUCGUCAGAGACUUCCUGAGUGGACCAGAGUUAAAGGUGGAGGUCAGUCGGCCGCUGAGGGUCAGUCCCACACUGGCUAAAAUCGAGCAGGCCAAAGUCUUCUGGAAGAAACUCUUUCCUGAGAGUGAUGGCGAAUCACAGCCCAGAACACCGCCAGGCUCCGCCCACUCCUGCAGUGAAGCCCCGCCCACAGCUGAUCUGCUGCUGCGCUCCCUGCAGACGCCGGUUCCCUUCCAGAAGAUGGCGCUGCGCACCGUGCAGAUGGUGGUGUGUGUGGAGAUGGAGUCGCACGCGGCGCGGCCCAGUCUGAGUGUGUGUGUGUCGGCCAUGACAGGCGCGCUGGCGCUGAAGAACGCCGGCAAACCCGCAGACGGGUUUAAGGAGGUCAGUCUGUCGGUUCAGUGUGAGGACGUGUUGGUGCGAACGGGUCUGAAGGACCGAAGCUCUGUGUUUGUGGGACCAUUUUCCUGCAGUGGGGAUCUGGAGGCUCAUUGGUGCAGACACAGCGGAAGCUCCGCCCCCGAUUCACCUGGACCCCCGAGAGUGCUGAUUGACAUGAAGGGAGGACUGCUGCAGGUGUUUUGGGGGCAGCAGCAGUUUAACUGUUUGUCUGAGAUUCAAGAGGAGCUGCAGAACUACUGGAGUCAGAUUAGCAGAACGGAGGCGGAGUCUAGCGAUAAGCCCCUCCUCUCUACUCCCCCGCUCACCCCUCGCCCUGCCCAAUCAGAACACUCAUCUGAUGACCUGCGCACAGGCCUCUUCCAGUACAUCCAGGACUCAGCGUGCCAGAAGCUGCCGUUUCCUCAUGAGGUGGUGUUCUGGAGGGAGACGGAGGAGUCUUCAGGCGUGAUGCUGUGGCGAUAUCCUGAACCACGCGUGAUCACGUUCCUCAGAAUCACACCUGUUCCCUUCAACACCACCGACGACCCGGACAUCAGCACGGCCGAUCUCGGAGAUGUACUGCAGGUGCCGUGCAGUCUGGAGUACUGGGAUGAGCUGCAGCGAGCGUUUGUGCCGUAUAGAGAGUUCAGCCUAUCAGAGAGCAGCGCGUGUGAGCUGACCCUGCCCACUCUGACCCCCAACACACACCAGAAUGACCUGGUGACCUCUGACCUCUGGAGGGUGGUGCUCAACAGCACCAGUGAUGGUGGAGACGAGAGUUCGGACAGUGAGUCCGGGUCCCAGGUGCCCUGUGAGCAGCUGGUGUGUCCCACCGCUCUGGCCGCAUGUACGCGAGUCGACUCCUGUUUCGCGCCGUGGUUCGUGCCGUCAGUCGGUGUUUCCUUACGACUGGCUUACCUGGAGCUGCACUUCUGUCACAACCUGGACCAGCUGGGCACAGUGCCGUGCCAGAAGCUCCGCCCCUUCCUCCCAGACAGGAAGUUGCCUCAGGAUCAGGAGUUUGCGGUGGUGUGUGUGCGUGAGCCGUGUGUGUUUGUGCGUCAGUGGAGUGACGUGUCUCAGUGCUGUCACGAGCUCAGCUUCUCGUCCACGCUGAGCUGCCGGCUGCUGGAGUACCGAAACCUCACGCUUCUGCCCGUCCUUCAGCCCGUCGGCCUGCAGGGACACGCCACACACACACACACACGCUCUCGGCACGCGCUGCACUGCGACGCCACGCUGCAGCCGCUGAGGGCCGCCGUCGGCCAGUACGCCGUACACACACUGGACCGGGCGCUGCAGGCCUGGAGACAGAAUGGUGUGUCGGGCGCUGAGGAGGUGGUGUUCUGCCAUUACAUCAUCUGUAACGACACACAGGAGGUGCUGCGCUUCGGACAGGUCGACACAGACGAGAACAUCCUGUUACAGAGCAACCAGAGCCACCAGUACAGCUGGAGAACACACAAAUCCCCACAGCUGCUGCACAUCUGCAUGGAGGGCUGGGGAAACUGGCGCUGGGCCGAAGCCUUCAGUGUGGACGAGGUGGGGAACCUGCUGAGAACCAUCCAACAUAAAGGACAGACGGCCUCUCUCAUCAUCAGGGUCAAGCAGCUCAGCGGAGUCCAGAAACAGGUGAUCAUCUGCGGCCGGCAGGUGAUGUGCAGUUUCCUGCAUCAGUCGAUCGAGCUGCGGCUCGUGCAGUACCACAGGGGUCACGAGGGUCACGAGGGACAGGAGCGCGUCGCCUGUCUGGAGCCGCACUGCAAACCGGCCUCGUUCGUGCUGGAGGACGCGGAGCUGACGGAGGUGUGUGUGCGCGCGUGUGGAGACGACGCCUGGUCGGGGGACGUGUGUCUGGAUCCCAGCGACACACACACCAGCUCUGUGGUGCAGGUGCCGUGUUCUAAUGGAUCAUUGCUGCAUGUCUGGUGCACACGAAUCCUGCUGGAGCCAAACACACACAUGCAGCAGAGAGUGGUUGUGUUCAGUCCGCUCUUCAUGAUGUGGAGUCACCUGCCGGACCCGGUUCUGGUUCAUGUGGAGAAGAGGAGUCUGGGUCACAGAGACACACAGCUCAUUCAGGGCCGCGGCCACCAGGAGGCGCUGCUGAACGCGGAGGCCGAUCUGACACACCACCUCACCUUCCAGGCCAGGGAGGAAGAGGACGCGUCUCACUGUGCAGUUCCUGUGUCCACUGCUGUUAUCAAACAGAUCCUGAGCAGAGCAGCACCAGACCAGAACCAGAACCAGCAGGAUGUUCUAGAGCACUUCUAUGGAGAGAAGACAUCCAGCGACCCGGCCUGGCCCUACAGCAGCCGACAGACAGACAGGUGUGCGGUGGAGCCGGUGGCGCAGUGGGACAGCCCGAUGCAGGUGCGUCUGAGUGUGUGGCGCGCGGGUCUGAACACACUGCUGGUGGAGCUGCUGCCCUGGGCUCUAUUGGUGAACCGCUCGCACUGGGACCUGUGGAUGUUUGAGGCCGAGAGCAUCGUAGUGCAGAUUCCAGCCGGGAAAACCAUCGUACCGCCCAACUUCAAGGAUGCCUUCCAGAUCGGCAUCUAUUGGCCGCACACUAACACGGUGCACAAGUCUCCUGCCGUGCGAUUGGUCCACGAGGUGUCGUCGCCACGGUGGCCAGAAGGGGGCGGAGCCGAGGUCCUGCUGCUGGAUGAGGAGGGAUACAUACACACGGACAUCACACUCGGCACACAGCCCGGAAAACUCAAGCUCUGUCAGUUUUGUGUGUCGUCUUCAGUGAAAUACGGGAUUCAGGUUUUGCAGAUUGAGGAUAAAACUGUUCUGGUGAACAACACGACAAACACCAUCAAGUGUAGAGCUGUGAUCCAACAACACACACACACACCUGAGCAGGCCUGUCCCAUCCCGGACUCCUCCAGCUUCUCUCUGGGUCCCGCGGGAUCGGCCGGGGAUCAGGUGAUCUGUGCGGUGCCGUUCUGGGAUGUGCUUCGGGUCGGUCCGACAGCAGAGGACGAGCAGCUGAGGUCGAAGCAGGUUCUGUUGAGCCUCGAGGGAGUCGAGUGGAGUCCUGCGGCUCCUGUGCGAACCGACUUCCCCAGACAGAGCGUUCCUGUGCCGGUGGAGCCGCACGCCCACUGGCCCUUCAACACCAGGCCUCUGGUUCUGACCUGUCAGGAGCAUCUGGGCGUCACAUAUCUGACAGUGAGUGAAGAUCAGUGUCCACGAAUGAUGAUUCACAACCGCUGCCCCAAGAGCCUCUUACUGAAGGAGAACAUCAGGGAGCCUGUGAGGUCGGAGGUGUUCAGCCGGGCGGUUCCUGCUCUCUCUUCUGUCCAUCAUGAGUUGUUUUAUCAGGCCUCCAGUUUUCCUGAGUGCCGACAGAAAGAGACGCUGCCCACCCUGCAGCUGCGCAUCAUCACGGACACGCCCCCCAGCCCCUCGGACACGCCCACCACUCCCUCAGACACGCCCACCAGCCUCAUGGACACGCCCACAUCACCAGGCUGGACUGACGCCUUUGACAUCAGUUGUCCUGGAACACAGGUUGUUUUUCUUCCUGGUUUCGGCUGUUUGUACAUCGAUGUUGUUCAGCAGAGCGGCACGAUCACACUGACCCUGGCGCCAGAGAGCAGCGCUGCAGACGCCCUCACACACCUCAGGCCGUCCAGUCCGAUGCUGUCCUUCAGGGUUCUGCUGACGGAGGCGAGCGUGGCGCUCUGUGAUGACAUCACCAGCCGGUCCGGAUCAGUGGAGCUGCUGCGUCUCACCGUCUCUAAACUCCUGCUCCUGCUGCCGGCCAUCGACGCUCCACCCGACGCUCCACCCGACCACACCGUACACACCGUACACACCGUACAGGUGCUCUGCGGCGGCCUGCAGCUGGACAACCAGCUGUACCAGCGCGCCAGCUUCCACUUCCCCGUCAUCAUGUGCCAGGAGCCGCCGGGCGACCCCGCGCUGACCCCGGGCGACCCCGCGCUGACCCCGCUGGAGUUCUGCCACGCCUGCUUCUUCUCUCUGAGCCUCACGGUCUCCGGCUCCGGACAGCUGGACCGGCUCUCGCUGCGCAUCCGCCCGGCGCGCGUGUAUCUGGAGGACACCUUCCUCUACUACAUGAAGACGCUCCUCCACACCUACAUCCCAGAAUGCACCCUGCCUGUGCGUGGCGAAGGGGCGGGGCUCCCGCGGGAGGUGCUGGAGUCGAUGCGUGCGCUGGUGACGCCGCUACGCCUGCAGAAGCUCUCGAUCGAACCCCUUCAGCUGCUGCUCUCCAUCCACGCGUCUCUGAAGCUCUACAUCGCCUCCGACCACACGCCGCUGUCCUUCUCGCUGUUCGAGCGCGGCCCCGUCUGCACCACCUCACGCCAGCUCGUACACACACUCGCCAUGCACUACGCCGCCGGCGCGCUCUUCCGGGCAGGUUGGGUCGUCGGGUCUCUGGAGAUUCUCGGCAGUCCCGCCAGUCUCGUUCGGAGUAUCGGGAAUGGCGUGUCAGAUUUCUUCCGGUUGCCGUACGAGGGUUUGACUCGCGGGCCGGGAGCCUUUAUCAGCGGCGUCUCGAGAGGAACCAACUCGUUCAUCAAACACAUCUCUAAAGGGACUCUGACGUCCAUCACCAAUCUGGCCACGAGUCUGGCGCGGAACAUGGACCGUCUGUCGCUGGACGACGAGCAUUACAUGCGUCAGGAGGAGUGGAGGAGGCAGCUGCCGGAGACUCUGGGAGACGGGCUGAGACAAGGCCUGUCCAGACUGGGCAUCAGCCUGCUGGGCGCGGUCGCAGGAAUCGUGGAUCAGCCCAUGCAGACGUUCACACGGACGCUGGAUCUGCCGAGCUCGGCGAGCAGCACGGCCCGCGGCGUCAUCUCAGGGGUGGGGAAAGGCAUUGUGGGAGUUUUCACCAAGCCAAUCGGAGGAGCAGCUGAGCUGGUGUCGCAGACGGGAUACGGUCUGCUGCACGGCGCGGGUCUCUGGCAGCUUCCCAAACAGCUGCACCCGCCGACAGACUCCAGAUCAGCCGACGCCUCCAACAGCCACGUCAAAUACGUCUGGAAGAUGCUGCAGUCUCUGGGCCGCCCCGAGCUGCACAUGGCUCUGGAUGUGUGUAUGGUGAGCGGGUCGGGUCAGGAACACGCCGGCUGUCUGCUCCUGAGCGGAGAGGUUCUGUUCGUGGUCAGUGUGUGUGAGGACGCGCAGCAGCAGGCCUUUCCCAUCACUGAGAUCCAGUGUGAACACGACACACACACGCCUGGACGCAUCACACUCACACUGCAGCAGCACCGUGUGACCAGUGACACAGAGGCCGACGGGUCUCGCGAGCGUCUCUCGGAGCUGCAGUACAGUCGGCUGGUGGAGUUCGUCACCGGAGCGUCUCAGUUUCUGUCUCCGUCUCAGUCGUCGCGUCACCAGCCGGCCGUCACUCCCGCGGAUCCGCCGCCCACCGUCUCCAGAACAUACCAGUAUCACGCAGACCCGGCCUGCGCACGCGUGUUCGUCUGCAAGUUCACCAUGGUGAAGAACAGAGCGCUGCGCAUCGGCUUCCACUGACGCUCACAUCACUUUAUUGAGACCUCACUACAUCAGCCAGAGCUGCUUUCUGUGUGAAUGUGAUGCUUUAAACCAAAAGAAGGCCUUUCAUUUUUUUUUUUUUUUAUAAGCAAUGCAAGGAAGAUGAUUUACUGUUUUUUAUUGUAUUAUUCGCUCCUGUAUUCUGGUCUAAUGAAAAUAUGAGUCUGUUGCUUCAUAAUGAAUCUGCUUUUUGUAAUAAAACAUGGGAUAUUUGAAGAUG